UUGUGAAUCCCUCAUAUCUCAAGAUCUAAUCCUAAUCUGUGUUUUCUCCUUUUGGUCAUUAUUGUGACUAUGCCUAUAAUUUUAAUAUCUUUCCACACCAAGAAUAAUGGAGUGAAAAAUAUUUCCCAUCUUGAUCUAAACAGUAGUUUUUUAACCUUCAUUUAAUAGUGACUUCAGCCUCAGGCUUAACACCUGGAGGUGUUGGAGGCCAUGUUGGCUGGAGCUCUGAGCAACCUGGUCUAGUGGAAGGUGUCCCUGGCUAUGGCAGGGAGCUUGAAAGUAGAUGAUCUUUAAGAUUCCUUCCAACCCAAACCAUUCUAUGAUUCUGUGAUUCUAUGAAAGCUAGCAAGGCUACUGCUUGGAUUGCUCUGUGUUAAUUCUGCAAAGUUUUGUUAGACACAUAUGGUUGCUGAGGGUUUUAUACAUGUUUGUCAGCCUGGUAGAUUUAUACAGUUCAGUCACCUUCAAUCUAAUGAAUCUUUAAUUUAUGUUUUACUAUUAAAGGAAAAUGACUCAUCAGGUGGGAGAUUUUGAUUCACGAGUCUGCAUAUAAAACUGUCUCUUGAUAAUGAACACAGUGUAAACAUUACUGUUCCCUUUAAAAAUAAUUUCCUAUAAUAAUCAUCAAAAUGCUGCAAUGCUAUUAUCACAAAUUGAAGUUUUAGGUUCUUACUGUAGAGUACUAUAAUAUUUUUCAUAGAGGUCUGCAAUAAUGGUAAUUUUUAUUUGUAGACUUAAUAUGAAACAACAUGAAGAUUGUGAGAAAUUGUAUUUUCUUUCAAUCCUGUUGCUUCAUUUUUCUUUAUUUUUAUAAGAAGAAAUCUGCAUUUACUUGAAACUAUAGGGAAAUGAAGAGGCUGCUGUAAGCCUCUGGCAUGGAUGCAGUUCAGACACUGAAGACCCUGGAGAAAAAGCGCAAUUGAGAUCUUCUCAUUUAGGCCUUUAAGGUUUGAGUGGUUUUGUGGUACCCUGAUAGACUACACUUAUACAGACAGAUAUAAAUUUAACCAUAAUGAUACCAAAAGAGAAGGAGUUACUUCCAAGCCUCACCUUUGUGUCUAACAGGGGACGAUGUAGUUUUCACAGCCUGUGCAUGCAAAUGCACCCAUCCUAAGGCUGUCAUGUAACCCUACAAACAAAUAGUCUUUUAAAAUUACAGCAAAUGCAUGUAAUCUGUUUAUACUCCUUAGUCUUUUUUUUCUUUACUAAUACCACUGCUACUGGAAAACUUGCAGUGCAUCUAGAGGACUGUUCCUCAGGAACCUGGUGUGUUUAUGUGGUGUAACCCAGCAUUCAAGAGUCAGUUUCUCAGUAGAAAACAGCUGCACUUACUCAGCAUGCCUCCUGCUUCCAGCCUGGGCUGUGAUACCACAGUCCUUUAGAAAAACAGUGUCAGUUACUUUAAUCCUCUCCAGAAAAAUGAAAAGGAGUUGUGUUUCAAUACCUCAGUUAAAGGGCCAGUAAAACUGGGCUGUAGAUUGAGGCUAGUCUGAAAUUAUCAGAAAGCACAGGAGUGACUACAUGAAGACUUUCUACAACAUAACAUUUUCUACCAAAAUAUUCUUCAGGUGGCUACAUAGAGUCAGAUACUAAUACCAAAACCUCAACUGACUUCUAUCAGUGCAGUGCCUGAGAUUGCCUUGCUCUAGAUGACCUGCUCAGCACAGUAUUUAGGAUUUGCAGGAUCAUAUCAAAGUUUGUUUUUAUUGUGUUUUGCUCAAGUAGUCAGGAGGAUGAUCCCUAAUAUGAGAUUAUUUACAUAAUGUCUUUUGCAGUGACAGAUGAAAGAAAAAAAUCUGUCAAUUUUAAAGUAAUACCGAUUGUUAUUUGCAUAUACUACAGUGGAGAGAGAACAGCACAAACCAUACCAGAGAAGCAGAAAAGUACACAGAAUAAUUCUAAAACAAAUGUAGUUGAUUAAAUGCAGUACAUUAAAAUCAGACAUAUUAAUGUUAACAUUUUAGUGAAGGGCCCAGCUAUUGAUCUUUGCUCAGGCAACUGUUUAUUGAAAUCCACUGGACUUAAAUUCAGAAAAAAUGUAGCCUAGUGAACUCUCAGUAAUAAUUUCUAUGUAAGGUAAAAGCUUCUCUGAGAGAAAUUUUAUGAGAAUUCUACAUCAACAUGAAUGUUAAAAGGCUUUACAAUUCAUCAUAAUAAGAGUUAUUAACCUUAGCUGAAUGAAGGAAAAUAAUAUUAUAUUUUGUUUAACCUCUGCAGCUUUAGAAUUCAACAAUUAUAGGGCUCUAUGAAUAGAUCAGAACAGUAAAAGCUUCAAAAUUUUCCCCAGCUAUCUCAUUAUGUGAAGCAACAUAGUUCUCUCUAUGAGGGGAGCUGCUAGUUAGAAUGAUAGAAAAAAUAAAUUCAGAUUAUAAAAAUAUUGGAUAAUUUCAUUUCAUUAAAAUUAUUAUAUAAUUCUAGUUACUGAACAGAUUUGCUACAAUCUCUUGACUCCUUGAUGUGCACCCUGAAUCAAACUGCUGUGGGAUCUGAAUGGGCAGUCAAGCAAACCCAACUUUCCCCUAAUCUCUCUAUUGGAGAAGCCUCUUGAAGAACUUGAGCGCUGUGACUUGUCAGAAACUGGAACCCGGCUAUAUGAGCUAUCACAAUUCCUACAUUCCUUCACUUCUCCUAAGCAGUGGACAGACAUUGACUUUUUCCUGCCCACCAGCUCUUUGUCACAGCUCCUCUGUUGAAGGAUGCCAACUUCUUGCCAUCAAAGCCAGCUUGGUAGUUCAUGUGAGUUCUUCCUAAUCUGCUCCAGGCAAAACUAAGCCAGGGCCUAUUGGGAGAGAAGUAUGGGAACAUACGAAUACCAGGGGAAGUUGAAUCGUCAGAAUUUGAAAUGAUCCUGGAUGCUGCUGUAGAGGCCAAGCUAGAGACAAGGAUUUUAGAAGAGUGGUACUGCAGGGAUGAGAAUGCAGUGCCACCAGCAUAUUACCUCAGACCAAAAUCUGAAAUGCUGAAGAACUACCAGAAUACGAUGGAAUCUUCUCCAAACUCUAUGAAUGAGAACAAAUGGCAAGAUAUAUCAGAAGAGAUUAAGAAGAUUUUUAAGACUGCUGUGAAAUUGCUGUAUGAGAAAGGAAAAAUGAAACAUAGCCAAGCAAAGAGAUAUCUUUCCUCUGCUAUUGAAGAUGAACUUGAUUUUGCUUUGGGUAAACAAACACCAGCUUUCCUAAAGAAGUGUGUUUGCUACAUUCGGAAAAUUGCCAACAUUGAGCGCUUCGUUAAAAUUCCAGAGAUGGGAAAAUACAUGGAUGUGGUACAUACAGCAGGGAAGUUUCUACGAGAUCCUGAAGCCCAUGAGAAACUAAUCAAGCUCAGGGACGAAUUCAUUCCUACCAUUGUCGCAUCGUCCAAUCUGAGAGUGUACACAUCCGUCACUCACUGUGACAUGAAACUGGGAUACUCCCAAGAAGUGGAGAACCAUUACAUUGAAGGACUUGGUAAACAGUUCUAUGAAGACAUGAUUGAUAUAAUCCAAGCUACAGUGCAGCAGAAUUUUGACACGGAGACAGACACACUGUAUGAUGAAGUUCUUCAACACUCAUCGCUGUGUAAAACGUACUCCACUUUUUAUGAAUAUAGAUGUGAGGCAUUAAACAUAGUUCACAAGUAUAUUUUACCUAGAAAAAUAGGACACAUUAACCCUCUUAUCAUAUAUGGAGGACCAUGCACAGGGAAGACUCUUCUAUUAGCUGAAGCGGCAAAGAAGGCCUAUUCCUGGUUGCAAGAAGAGAUGGGACCAGAUUCUGACCCUGUGGUAGUUAUAAGAUUUUUGGGAUCCACUGAAACAAGUACAGAUCUGAAGAAUAUACUUCAGAGCAUUUGUGAACAACUAGCAGUCAACUACCGUUGCCUCGUACAAAGUUACCCAAAAAAGAUUCAUGACCUUCGGGACUUGUUCAUAAAUCUCUUGAAUGAGUCUUCAUUUCACAGGCCACUGGUUAUAAUAUUUGAUGCCCUAGAACAGCUAACAGAUAGUGAUGAUGGUAGGAAGCUCUGGUGGCUUCCCAUUCACCUUCCCCGCUCAGUACGGAUAAUUUUGUCAACACUGCCAAACAAGCAUGGGAUCUUGCAAAAACUGAGGUGCCUUAUUCAUGAAGAAAGCAACUAUAUUGAAUUGACUGCAAGGGACAGAAAGAUGUGUAGUCAAGUACUGAAACAUCAACUGCUGCGAGUUAAAAGAAAAGUAACAUCAGGGCAACAAAUCUAUGUCAAUCAGGCAUUCUCCAAGUGCACACUGCCUAUGUUUGUGAACUUAACCUUCAGAGAGGUCAGGAACUGGAGAUCACACAAGGAUGUGGAUGAGUCCUCUCUCUGUGUCACUGUCCAUGAAAGCAUAGAGCAGUUGUUUUGGUCACUGGAAAACAAGUGUGGAUCAAGACUAUUGUCAAGAGCACUUGGCUACAUUACUAUGUCCAGAUCUGGCCUGAGUGAAAUGGAACUGGAAGAUAUUUUAGCCCUUGACAACAGUGUUAUGUAUGAACUGAAUGAGAGCAUCAGAGACAGUAAUCCAUUGAGAAUUCCAUAUAUAUAUAUUGCAAGGCUUAAGGAGGGCUUACAAGGAUACUUAAUAGAGCGACAGGUGAAAAAUGUAACACUGCUUCUUUGGGCAAAUAGGCACUUGCAACUAAUUGCCCAGAAAUUGUACCUGCACAACGAAGAAGACUUGCGUGAAAUGCACACAGUCAUGGCAGAGUAUUUCCUUGGUGUUUGGUCUGGUGGACGAAGAAAACCUUUUUACAGCAAUGACCAGUAUCUGAGUGGCUGUCCUGACCAUGACAGUAGAGGCCUGAACGAGGACGAAAAGCAUUGCAUGGAUCAGACUGCUUUUGACAGGCAGGCACCCGAUCAGCCAUGGGUCUUUCAGUGUAAUCCAUUAGAACCUGAUAUCUUUUUUAUCAAUCACAGAAAAAUGACAGAGCUUAUUCAUCACUUGACAAGAUGUGGGAGAACUGAUGAUCUUCUGUAUGGAGUCAUUAUGAACUUCAGCUGGCUGUACACCAUGAUUAGAAUAGGGCAGUUUGAUAAAGCACUUUCUGACAUAGAACUGGCUUACACCUACUCUCAAGAAAAGGAGCUGAAAUUUCUGGCCAGUACCCUCCGCAGUAUAAAGUUGAAAGUAGUAAAAUACCCAGGUUCACUCUCUGCUGAAUUGCAGCAGAGGCUUCUCCCAGUAGUAAGUUCAUUGCCCAAACUCCGACAUCUCCUCCUAGAAUGUGACAAGGAUGGACCCAAGUACUGCUCUAUCGUCCCUUUGCAUUCUUCCAUGGAUGUCACUUACAGCCCUGAGCGCCUGCCAUUGUCAUCCAGCUGCAUGCAUGUCACUGAGAUUUUGCCUACAUUUAAUCCCAGCACAAUUAUUGCUGCUUUAGAAAAUGGCUCCAUUAGCACUUGGGAUGUAGAGACCCGCCAGUUACUAAGGCAAAUUACAACAGCUCCAUCCGUUAUCUUAGGGAUGAAGCUCACUAGUGAUGAAAAGUAUCUUGUAGUGGCUACAACAAACAACACUCUUUUGAUAUAUGAUAACAUAAAUUCCUGUCUUCUGUCUGAGGUGGAAAUUAAGGGAUCAAAACAUUGUGGAAUUGGGGGGGGCUCCACUUUUAUAAAUGGAUUUACAUUAUCAGUCAACCAUGCACUUGCUUGGCUGGAGGCCAGCAAAGAUGUUACGGUAAUAGAUCUGCUUUACGGCUGGCCUCUCUAUCACUUCCACUGCUGGUACGAAGUGACCUGUGUGCAGUGUUCUCCAGAUGGAGUUUAUGCAUUCUGUGGACAGUAUUUGAACACUGCAACCAUUUUUCACUUGGGCAGCGGAGAGAAGCUGACCACCGUGACCUCUGAAUUUUCAAGUGGGUUUGUGAAAUUCCUUCUCAUUCUGGACACAGCCCAAGAAAUGGUGAUGGUGGACAAUGAGGGUAGCCUCUCUGUUUGGAAUAUGGAGGAGAUUGCAAGUCCCCAGCUUACAGAUGACUUUGACUGCAGAAGGGAAGACAGUGAAGUUGUCAGCAUAGAGCUUUCUGAAGACCAAAGUGCAAUUUUAAUUUGUAAAGCUCUCAGCAUUGAACUUCUUGACACUCGUGUGUGGAAGGUGGCUGAAAAGUUUAGAGCUAAACACAAUGAGCGUUUUAUAUCUGCCGUGUUGUCCAAAAAUAGCAACUGUAUAAUUGCUUCAAUGGAAAAUACCUCAGCCAUUUUUGUUUGGAGAAGAGAUACUGGGCAGUGUAUGGCAAGCUUACAGGAAAUCUCAGGAACUAUAGUCAGGCUAAUUAAAUCAAAUCAUCAUAACAUGCUGCUAUCCUUAUCCACCAGUGGUGUCCUUUCUAUUUGGGAUAUAGACAUCAUAACUGCUAUGUCCAAUAUUGACAAAUCUGGCAAGCCUAUCCAAAGGCUGGUGUUGCCAGCCAGAGGUGAAUUAAUAUACACAUUAGAUGGAUCAGAUUCUGUCCAUAAGUGGAACUUCAGCACCGGAUUCAUUGAAGCUGUGUUCAAGCAUGAAGGUAUUGUUGAAAACUGCGUGCUGACCUCUUCUGGAGAGAUAAUGGUUACAUCAGAUGACAAAUGCAGCCAGUACGUAUGGCACACUGUUAGUGGUGAAAACAUCUUCCGCAUUAAUGGACAAAGAAUCUCAGAACUAAUGAUUACUCAUAAUGAUCAAUUUGUAGUCUCUCUCUGUGAGCAAAAUGCAUCCAGAGUUUGGCGACUGGCCACAGGACAUAGAGUUUGCAAUAUUUUAGUUGCCUUACAGAAUGCAUUUAUAACAACUGCAAAUACAUUCGUAGUCGGAAUGGCAAAGAACAAAGUCUUGGCUGUCAGUCUCUGGACAGGCAGCAUAACAAAGAAGUUUUGCUGUGAUGAUGGUGCAAGCAUUGUGGAUAUUAAGUUGAUACCAGACUGCCCAGAUAUUAUAGUAUUUAUAACAUCUACUGAAACCGUGAAUAUCUGGAGCUUAACAGAAGAAGUCAUCUGCAAGCGUGUACAAUUGCCUACCAAUUUCUUAAAAAAAUUGGAAGACUUUGAAAUAUCUCCAAAUGGGAAGCUAGGAAUUAUAACGCGUGGUGAUGAGAACAUCAAUGUGCUUGAUUUAUACAGUGGAAAACUUCGUGUGGUUCACGCUCCGGGUGUCAUCUGGCGGCAGAGGCUGUCUCGUGAUGGCCGCUACCUUGUAUACAUUUGUUGUCGUGGUGAGGAAGAUGAUGAUAAUGGUGCGGUCUCCAGCUUAACUGUAAUGAGGCUGGCUGAUGGCAAAAACAUUGGUGCCUGUUCUCUUUAUAAAACUCCCACUUUUCUUACACUUUCACAGAGACAUUUAAACAUUAUUAUUGGAUUUGAUGAUGGAAGUAUAGGUACUUACACUGUAGUGGAUCGAGUUGAUGCUGCACUGAAAAUCAAAAUUGCUACUUCAAACAGCCGUCAGAUUUUCAAUAACACAACACAAGUGAUUAGGCCAAAAUGUCACAAUUAUAGCUUCAAAGCAGCUGCAGACUGCAUUUGGAGGGAAUCAACAGAAGUAUUUGCAAGGGAUAGCCCUAUUACAGUUAUAGAGCCUGAGGUGAGUGAAGCAACACCAACCAAAAAACACAACUAUUGCUAUGAGAAAGUGUGCUCAGCCAUAGAUUGCAGAGGACACAGUUUUGCCUCUGACAACUGACUAACCAUCUGGAUGAGCUUAUUUGAAUAGUAUACUUGCAUAGGUAUGUUUUCUGAAUUCAUGUAAAAAUCAGUGUGUUUCUUGGAAGACAGAUAGAAACAGCAGAGGGCAGACCAGCUGGGUUUUUUCUGUCUUACACUUAUGUAAACAUAAAAGUAAAUAUAAAUGGGCUGCAGGGUUUUUUUUUAAUUUCAGAAUACAAGGUUCAGUCCAGAAUUUCACCAGGGCCUUGAUUAAAAAUUUCUAGCAAUACUGUCAAAAUUGUUAUGCUAUUACAGAAGUCAGGUGAUCACAUUUGGGUUUGACAGACUGUUUUAACUAGAACUAAACCUCCACAUGAUUGGUGAAAAGAGUCAGACCACUGUUUUAUAUUCCAAGUCACCUAGAUGGGUCUACAGCUAACAGUCGGCUUUAUAACCACUUGCAAAAAUGCAUUUUUCUGCUUGAUGGUGCAAUGACAAGAUGUCACCUGCCAACCUGGAACACUUGAUACAUUCCAUCAUCAUUUUAAAAAUACUUACUUUGAUUUUUCUUUUUAAUUGGGAUUAUUCUUUGGGUUGAAUGGAGUAGGUGCCAGUCAGCUGCAAACAUGUGAGGCAACAAGUAUUUGUUUCACCUUAAUGAAUGGACUGAAAGCUUGUUUUUUUUUAACUGCAUGCAGGGAUUUCAGAUUUCUGUAUUGUGAUAAAAUGAUAAAAAUCCUAAGUUGUAAAAGAAGUAUAGGGAUUGGGGUUUUAUUUUUGGUUUAGGGAAAUUUUUCGUCUUCAUAGUGUGUAUUAGUCAGGUCAUAAUGAAAAUUUUUCAAAGGCAAAGAGCAUUACAGAUGAACAGUUAAACAUUAAUUUCUUUAUGUUAAAAGGUUGCUAUCUGUUUUGUUGUAAGAAAAUCUAAAGUAUCUCCUAUGUCCCUAAAGUAAUCUUAAUAGUUUUCAGAUCUGCCAUAUAUUAAUCCUUAUAAGAUUUGCCUUACUAUCAUUUUUCUUCUUUCCCAUGAUAAAUACAGAUCAAAUGACCAAACACUCUGGGACGCUUAGUAUAUGUGGUGAAAUCCUCCACAACACAUAAAGGCUGUUCAAAUGUCCUUUGCUGGUCCAAUUUGUAAUGGGUUUUUCUUACUUCCACAUAUGUACAAGCUUCACUUUCUGCUUUAGAACUGUUUUGAGCCUUUUGUACAGUUUUACCGUUUCAAGGGAGAAAUUGUGAAAUAACGACAAAUGCUGUAAAAAAUUUACAUUUUCCCAAGUAAAAACAUAUAUUGGACAAUAUCUGAAAGGAUAAGAAAAUUUUCCCCUCCUUACAUAUCUUAAAGAUGGCACAUCUGUGGAUAUAUUUAAACAGAAUAAUUUUAUUUUUAAAAUCAGAACCCCAUGUCACAGAUUUCCAAGAAAUGAAUGCUAAGCUAGAAUUUAAUGUAGUGUGUGAAUGUUCAGUGUAAAAGCCAAUAUAGUAUAUUAAGUGACUUGAAUGAUUUUUCCUAACUUGUUUGCAACUAAUAGAUCAUAUUGAAUGUUUUUAUGUAAACUUUGUAUUGUUGGGAAAACCUACCCAAUCAGAGAUUUAUAUUUUCAUAAAUGUCAAAUUUAGUUAAAUUUUGUUACAAAGUUGUUAAAUUAGAAAUCUAUUGCAGUCUUCAAACAAUAUACAGUCUUGUGUAUGCAUUGUUUGUACUAAUAAACUAUGGAAGCA